ACGGGAGAGAGAGAGCGAGAGAGAGAGAGAGACAAGAAUACUUUUCCUGUCACCUAACUUCUUGCAAACUGUGCUGGACUGGAGCAUGAGAAAUACAGAUUUAGGGUAGGAACACAUUGUGAAAUAGAAAAGAUAGAGGAAGGAUAUUGGCGAAAAGAGAGAAGAACUUGGAGUUCUCAGUCUACCAACAUGGAUUGUUCCAGUGGAGUUGUGUGUGACUGACGCAGGGACAGGUUUGGCGUCCAAACAACAUAAUUAUGAAAACAGCUGUUCUUGCUAAGGAAACCGGAGCAUUUGCUGGCUGGGGUGAAUGCUGAGCCUAGAACCCCCCCUCACGCCUAAUUUAUCCUCAGGGUCAACAGCACCGUUCACUCCACCUAGACCCCCCUCUCCUCAGGACCACCCCCGAUGACUCCCCCGACUCCCCCUCUAAAUCCUCCUCUCCCCUGUCUCACCCGCAACCCCUGUCUCACCCGCUGACCCCACUCCCUCACCACCAUUCCAUCUAGACUCCUCCACCCCCCUCCCCCCUAAACCCCUCACUCCCUCCUCACCCUCCUCAUCCACACCACCCCUUCUUUCAGCAUCUGAACCGCUCCCUCCUCAAAUUGACUUGGCCAUUGGCUCCACUGACACCACUGAUGUCCCUCAUGCCACUGUCCCAGAGGACUGUACCCCCCCACUCCCCAAACCCCUAGCACCUGAUGUCCUAGAGGCAUCCACUUCACCCCUCCCCACACCAAUAUCACCUCAAGUCUCAGUGCCCUCUACACUCCCUUUUCCUAAUAUCUUGGAUGUCUCUCCUCCUCCUCUCCCCUUAGAUAUGUCCUCUUCAGUCCCAGAGCUCUGUUCUUCAGAGCCAACUGCACCAGCACUUUCCUCUCACCCAGUCCCAAAUCCCUCCUCACUUCCUCUCUCCUCUGCCCGUGUACCUCCUAUAGCAAAACCCCCUCCCUCUACUCCCCCCAUCCAUCCUCUCUCAAAACCCUCCUUAUCUCCUUUCUCCUCUCCCCCUGUUCCUCCCGUCUCAAAGUUCUCCUCACCCCCUCUUCCUAGACCUUCAGCACCUCGAAAACUCUCCAGUCCUUCCCAGCCGAGACCCCCUGUUCCUCACCCUCACUCGAUAGCCAAGCCAUCCUCACCUUCUCUCCCGAGACCCCCUCUUCCAUCUACCAAGCCCUCGUCUCCCCCUCUCCCCACCCCACUAGUCCCUCUUUCAGCUAAGCCCUCCUCAGCCCCAGCCACAGCCCCAGCCACAGCCCCACCACCUAGCAUCAGUAUCCUGGAGAAGCUGAUCAAAACAUGUCCUGUGUGGUUGCAGUUAGCCAUGGCCCAGGAGAAAUCCUCACUUAUACUGAAGAAAGAAACUCCUGGGAUCUUUUUAGUGCGUAAAAGCCCGGACCAGAAGGCCAUGGUUCUGUCAGUACGUGUGUCUAACCAGCAGGAGGAGCUUCAGGUCCAGGACAUUCUGGUUAAAGAAGAGAAGUCAUUGAUCUACCUGGAAGGGUCUGUCCUGGUCUUUGACACCAUCUUCAAACUCAUCUCCUUCUACUGUGUCAGCCGGGAUAUUCUCCCCUUCACUCUGAGGUUGCCUGAGGUCAUCGUCCAGGCAACCAAAUAUGAAGAUAUAGAGAUGAUAUCGACGUUAGGCUCAGAUUUCUGGGUCUCUCAGCUGAACAGUUCCUCUGAGGAGCCAGGACAAAGGGGCACACCAGUAGGCCAGGGCCAGGGUCACAGCUCCUCCUGUGAGAUCCAUCUGUCUGCUGGGACCGGUAACGAGCGGCUGUGGUACGUUAACCCCAUCUUCAUUGAGGAGUAUUGCAGCAGCCUGGAGGCCUCCACUCCCGUCGCUGCUCCCAUCCUCAGGAGCCAGAGCCUGAACACCCCAGGCCAAGGACAGGGGCAAGUACCCCUCAAGUUCAAACGCCCCCCACCCCGACCCCCUAAUGUCCCUGAGGGAUUGUUACUGUCACAGGGGGCCAAGCAUGGGAACAGAGGGACGUCUGAUUCCCCCUCCCCACGCUCACCACCCACACCUCUUAGAGUUACAGCCAAGUUAGGGCAGAAAGGAGAAGGAAACAGCAGCAAAGGCAGUGGGGAGGGAGAGAGAGCUGCUUCUCAACUUUUCUCAGAGAGAGAGGUGUCAGUGACAGCCACUGACUCAGUAGCAGCUACUCAGCCUCUACAGCCUCUGUCACCACACGGAGCAACAGCUAGACAUCAGCACCCAGCACCCCGGCCACCACCACACAGGAUACCACUUGUGCCCCUACGGCGGAUGCCCACAGAGAAGCGUCCCCCACCCCCAGGACAGGAGCCGCCCCAGCCAGAAGGAGGCACCCUGACCCUCACCACACCCUCAAAGAGGAAGGAGAAGGAGGAGGGCAGUGUUGGCACAGUUCCUGUUGCUUCGCUGGUGUGCACCGACGGCACCACCAACAUGGCAGAGGAGAAGGAGGAGUUAAGAGUGGAGCCCUAUGCUGGUGAGACAGAGACACUGCAGAGGCAAGGGACAUCAGAGACUUCAAACAGCAGUGACGCUGUCAGCGUGGCUGCACCAACCCCUCUGACGAAGAGGGCCGCACCGCCAGUCCCGCCUCCCAGAAAGAAUAAGCCCUCCCAGGCCACGCCCACUACAACUCUCUCCCCAGACGUGAUAGGUGGAGGACUUCUUUCAAUCAAUGCAUCAUUAGACACCCCCCAGACCUCCAGCAUCCCCUCGCCAGCCCGGAGGGCCAUUUCCAUCGCUGAGGGGGAGGUGAGGGAGGCCAGGGGGGCAGAUGUGUCCCUGUACGCCCCUGAUGGUGGCGCGGCCCUCCCUGCACUGGACCAUGACUCUUACUCUACCAGCAGCACAGAGGAGGAGGCUGACACGGUGGCCAGUCAGGCUGGAGGGGCCGUUGGGACCAACAAUAUCAAAGUGUCAAUGAAAAGGUCCCCUACCAUCAUGCUGGACCGGGCCAAGCAACGCCUCUCCAUGGUCAACUUCGCCAGUGUGUUCACCAACUUCAUGAGCGCUGACCAUAAGCUGCAGAAGAGGAUCGUGGAACUGUCCCGGGACGGGAGCUCCUACUUCGGGAACCUGGUGAAGGAUUACAGGGUGUAUAUUCUGGAGACCAUGGGGAAGCACAGCUGCAGCACUGAGCUGCUGCAGGAGAUCAGGCAGAUGAUGACCCAGCUGAAGAGUUACCUCAUCCAGAGCACUGAGCUGCAGAACCUACUGGAGCCCAACGUCUACACAGAGGACAAACUAGAGGUGAUUAUGGAAGCUGCUCUGUGUAAGGCUGUGCUGAAGCCUCUGCGGGAGGCUGUCUACUCCGGCCUGAAGGACAUCCACUCCAGGGGGGGCGGUCUGAAGAGACUGAGGGAGAACCAGAGUGUGGUCCUGGGCACCACCACCACAGAUCUGGGGGUCACCACCAGCGUUCCAGAGAUCCCUGUCAUGGAGAAGAUCCAGCUGAAGCUGAUGACCCUCCACCUUGAGUACUCUCCUCAGAAGAAGAUUGAUCUGCUCCUCAAGACCUGCAAGAUCAUCUAUGAGUCCAUGUCUAUAGGCUGCCCAGGAAAAUCCUAUGGUGUAGAUGACUUCCUGCCAGUGCUGAUGUACGUCCUGGCCAGGAGCAACAUGGCCUUCCUGCUACUGGAUGUAGAGUACAUGAUGGAGCUGAUGGACCCUGCACUGCAGCUAGGAGAAGGCUCCUACUACCUGACGACCACGUAUGGAGCCUUGGAGCACAUAAAGAACUAUGACACGCAGGCGGUGACACAGCAGCUCAGUCUGGAGAUCCAGGACUCUAUCCACCGCUGGGAGAAGAGACGCACCCUGAACAAGGCCCGAGUGUCACGCUCAUCUGUACAGGACUUCAUCAAUGUGUCGUUCCUGGAGGCGGGGUCUAACACUAAGACCCUGAGGGUUCUCCCCACCACCACGGCCCAGGACCUGUGUGCCCAGUGUGCUGACAAGUUCGAGGUGCUGGAGCCAGAGUUCUACAGCCUGAGUGUGCUAGUUGAGGGCCACUACCAGCCCCUGGCCCCGGAGGAGUUCCCCCUCACCAUCAAGUCUAGUUUCCACCACAGUGAGCCCCGCAAGGAGUACCACUUUGUCUACCGGCCUGGAAGGACAGAGUCGGAAGGGCAGGAGGCAGAGAGUGAGGAGCCAGCGCCCACAGCGGAGACAGAGCCUGACGAGGAGAAGAGUCUGAUCGAGAUAUGAUAUUAAGGUGUGUGUGAUGCAUGCAUGCAUGGCCUAGACGAAGCUCAAAUGAUUGAGGAGCUGCCCAAGGGAAUGCAAUGGCAUCCUCCUCAACCAGAACAGACAUUUUAAACGAGACAUGGAUUUUUUCUUUAGUGGAGCAAAAUGGACUCCAAGAUGGACAUGAUCGUUCUGCCAAACCAUACAAUCUUCAAUACAAUACAAUCUUCAGGUUUGAGAACAUGUGGAGACUAUGUGAAAGAAGAGAACCUUCACCUCACCUAGGACCUCAGGUCUAAAUUUCACUCAAGUUUACUUUCGCUUCUGUAUGACUUCUACGCUGACUCAUCUUGCUCAGUGAGUCUCUGCAAGGUUGACCAAAGCUGCAACGAUAAAGGGAUAUUGUCCUCCUCUAGUUUGAAAGGGUACAAUGGCAUGGAUAAUUAAAAGAGAAAGGAUCAGGACAAGGAGACUCGGUUUCCAUCCCAAAUGGCACCCUAUUCCCUAUGUAGUGCACUACUUUUGACCAGGGACCACAGGGCACUAUAUAGGGAAUAGGGUCUAAUUUGGGCCGUCUACCAUGUAUCCUGUCUGGUCGGUGUUCAUUUUCAUAUUUAACAGACUUUACGCGUCUUCAACAGUUCAGACAGACAAUGAGCUGUUCAAUGGUUUUGCUAAUUGAAUUUUGCAUGACAAUAUCCUUGCCAAUAUUAUCUGAAUGGGUUUAUAUGCCCAAGAAAGACUGCUACUCUCUGUAUAUCCAUAUUUGCUCUGCUGGAUUGGUAUACUCUUACUGCUGUGCUGUGGAUAGGUUUCAUCAAUGUCCUGAAAGAACCUUUGAUGUCUCAUUCUAGAAGGUAUCUGUUAUAAUACCAUACAUUAAGGUGAAACGCAAUUCCCUUAUUAAGUCUGCCAGGCGCUCAUGGUUUACGUUGGUUAAUGGUGCUAAGCCAUAUUAUACUGUAAUUAAUUAAACUGUCACCGUGACUUUA